UGCAUUUUUAUCCACUACAUAUUAGGUGCUCACCGCGGGACUCGUGAAGAACGCAUUGGCGCAUGAAAAUACAAUCAUCCAUACAGUGGUGGAUCCAGAAGAUAAAAGUAAAGAAAUAGAAGUGCUUACUUACGUUCCAGCGCAAGGAAAUAGAAAGAAAAUUGUCAUCGAAAAUGGCAUGAUGUAUGCUGUUGGUAUCUUGCGAACCGUCAACAACAGUCACGGAAUACUUUCCUUCAAUGUGCAUGAAAUCAUAAAUCAGCUGGAGUACCAAGCGUUCACGCUUGAAGCAAAGGUUGCAAAGCUUUAUUUCGAGAAGAAUGUACCGUUCAUGCUGCGUACUGGGUCCCAACAAAAUCUCGGCCCCUUCACUCCUGUACAAAGUUUACUGCAGGCUAUGUCAUUACUUGCGAACCACUCGCAGCAGCUCGAUGGGAUUAGAUGCAUGAGUUUUGCACAACCUUACGACACAAAUAGUCCGUCUACAAGUGGUGCACGCACGUUGAAUGACCAAUGCAGAGAGAUCAUCGAUCUUUUGAACUGGAAAAGACACCGCUAUGGAACGCUUGGCUUAUCAGCCGUUCAAAUCGCUAAAGCUCUGGAAACCGCAGACUUGGAUGUUGUGCAGGACAACCUCCUGUUCCUAAUUCGUGAAGGUCGCAUAUACAACACUUGUGACCGCAAUCACUACGCUCUUGCUAAAGAAUGA